GACUUGGAAGAGAAAGAAAGCAUUGCAUUUGCACGAACUUGUUUUAGCAGUAGUUGUUUAUUUUUAUAUAUACAAAAACCAAAAGUUCUAUCCAUGGCUGCAUCUUUCUCAGUGCCUUCAAUGAUAAUGGAGGAAGAAGGGAGGUACGAAGCUGAAGUAGCAGACGUGCAAGCAUGGUGGAACUCAGAGAGGUUCAAGCUAACCCGACGGCAGUAUUCAGCUCGAGAUGUCGUGGCUUUACGAGGCAACCUCAAGCAGAGCUAUGGCUCAAAUGAGAUGGCAAAGAAACUAUGGAGAACCCUCAAGACACACCAAGCAAAUGGCACUGCUUCAAGGACUUUUGGUGCACUUGAUCCAGUCCAAGUAACCAUGAUGGCCAAGCAUUUAGAUUCAAUUUAUGUCUCUGGUUGGCAAUGUUCCUCAACUCACACCACCACCAACGAGCCAGGUCCGGACCUUGCCGACUAUCCUUACGACACCGUCCCCAACAAAGUUGAACACCUUUUCUUUACACAACAAUACCAUGAUCGAAAACAAAGAGAGGCAAGAAUGAGCAUGAGCCGGGAGGAGAGGGCUCGAUCUCCUUAUGUUGAUUACCUGAAGCCAAUUAUAGCAGAUGGUGAUACUGGCUUUGGUGGCACCACUGCAACUGUUAAGCUUUGCAAGCUUUUCGUUGAACGUGGUGCUGCAGGCGUCCACAUUGAGGAUCAGUCAUCGGUAACCAAAAAAUGUGGUCACAUGGCUGGUAAAGUACUUGUUGCUGUUAGUGAACACAUUAAUAGGCUUGUCGCUGCGAGGCUGCAAUUCGAUGUUAUGGGAGUGGAGACAGUGUUAGUGGCUAGAACUGAUGCUGUUGCAGCUAAUCUGAUCCAAACCAAUGUUGACACCAGAGAUCAUCAGUUUAUUCUUGGUGUGACUAAUCCGAAUCUUCAGGGAAAAGGUCUGGCAUCCAUGUUAGCUGAAGCAAUGGCUGCUGGUAAAACUGGGGUUGAACUCCAGGCCAUUGAAGACAAAUGGCUAGCCAUGGCACAACUUAAGACAUUCUCCGAAUCUGUUAUCGAUGCUAUCAACAACAUGAACAUCAAGGAGGAUGAGAAAAGGAGGAGAAUGAAUGAAUGGAAGAAUCAUUCUAGUUAUGAUAAGUGUCUCUCAAAUGAACAAGCCAGAGAGAUUGCUGAGAGAUUUGGGCUCAAAAAUCUUUUCUGGGACUGGGAUUUACCUAGAACCAGAGAAGGUUUCUAUAGGUUUAAGGGUUCGAUAAUGGCUGCAAUCGUUCGUGGCUGGGCUUUUGCUCCACAUGUUGAUCUUAUUUGGAUGGAGACAUCCAGCCCUGAUCUGGUUGAGUGCACCGAAUUUGCUCAAGGGGUGAAAUCAGUACACCCUGAAAUCAUGUUGGCUUACAAUCUUUCACCAUCUUUCAAUUGGGAUGCAUCAGGAAUGAGUGAUGAACAGAUGAGAGACUUCAUUCCAAGGAUAGCCAAGCUUGGUUUCUGUUGGCAGUUCAUAACACUAGCUGGUUUCCAUGCUGAUGCACUCGUGACAGACAUAUUCUCCAGAGAUUUCGCGAGGAGAGGAAUGCUAGCUUAUGUUGAGAAGAUCCAGAGGGAAGAGAGGAACAAUGGAGUGGAGACAUUGGCCCAUCAAAAAUGGUCAGGUGCCAACUUUUAUGAUAGAUAUCUCAAGAUAGUCCAGGGAGGCAUAUCAUCAACUGCAGCCAUGGGCAAAGGAGUGACAGAGGAGCAAUUCAAGGAAACAUGGACAAGGCCAGGAGCCAUGGAGGUUGCAAAUGAAGGCAAUAUGGUGGUUGCUAAGGCAAGGAUGUAGGAUGAAGCUAAGCUGAAUGAGUUAUACACAGAGAAGGAACCAGAGGGUGGUCUAAUGAAGCAUUAUCCCAUAAUUUUAUUUGGGAACUGGGAUGCAGUUAAUAAAUAUUACUGGAAAUUGGAUCACUCUAUUGGAGCAUCACCCAAUUCUAGUUUUUUUUUUCUUCUUUUUUAGAUCUCUUUUGCUUAUGUUAAAAGAUGAAACUAGUUUCUGUUAUAGUUUAAAAUGGCAAUCAGAAAAUGCUUUGGUUUUUUUAA